CACAGUCACUAGUCUUUAACGCACUUUGUUCGUGGUUGGUCGCGCAACGAGCGUUGCUUUUUUAAUAAUUCCCUUGGCGCAAAUCGCGGACGUCGGUCGACGUGACGCACCAAAAGGGACGACGACAAACGACGACGGUCGAGGAGAGGAAGAUAACGAGUAAUAAUAAUCAUAUCGUCGGCGGUUUUUUUUUCGAUCCAGCGAGGAAAAGAGAGCGAGAGUGAGUGAGUGGAUGAAGAGACCCCACUAAUCACAAAAAGAGGAAAGAAUCAGUCCGUACACACAAUUUUUCAUGUUAUUAAUGAAAAUAGUAUUAAACAUUAAGCAUAAUAAAAAGUACGAAACGGAUCGAUCAAACGACGAGAGAAGUGCAGAAAACAUAAAAUAGGCAGAAACAUAAAUACAUACAUCUCGACUUCUAGAUUACAUACAAUUUGGAAAACUAAUAUUAUAUGCCAUUAAAAAUCUUGGCGAUUCACUUCGGAAUUGUUUUCGAUUAUAUCAUUACGGGCACGGAAGAUAUGUAAUUUGGACACUCUCGCCAAGUUUUCUGGGGAUCAUCGGUUUUGCCCGGGCGUGACAAUUAGUGACAAUUGUUUUCCCUGGUCGUCGUCGGCGGAGAUCCAGCUGGAGGAAGAAAGCUGCCACACUCAAUCGCACCCAUAAUAAUAAUCAUAAUAAUCAAUUGUGUGAUAGCUGCGAUUAGUAGUGAUCGUUUACGCGCGCGCCCGGCUCUAGUUUUUUGUUGAUUUGGAGUGUGGUUGUAUGAGUGUGCUAAACGAUAAUUUUCCCGAUUACGUGAAGACAGUGUCAAAACAGUAAUUAGUUUAAAUUGAAGCGAUAAAUUAGUGAUGUUUAUGUGCAGUUUUUACCUCAUCGCCCGAGUCGGUAGUUGUGCCCGCCGUCUACUAUCAACCCGGUACUCUACUCUGUCCUAGUCGGGAGACCCGUCGUGGAACUGACGGAACAGUUGACCACGUGAUUGUGAUUGUGACCUAUCAUUACCGAAAAUUAGGAUUAGUGUAAUUAUUCCUCGGACGGACCUCGGGUUACUACUACUCUACGCUUUUAUGAAUGAAACCGGCGCUCAUGAAUGAAAAUUGAUUUUAAUUAUAACAACACAAUCGCCCCUCGUCCCCGCGGCCUUAAGUGACUUCAGUGAAUUACUCCAUUUGUAGAAGAAUCAAUUAUGAGCCGCCAGAGCCGUCGAAAGUCGUGAUCAUUGAAGUGAGUGGAAUCACGGCGGCUUAUAUCCCUUCACCCUCCAUCAUUGUGUUCCUUAUCAAUUAGUUUACGUUGUGAUACACAUUAAUCAUUUUUAUUCACCGUCGGGAUCCCUGUGUCAACCAAGAAGAUCAUCCUGUUGACACAUUAGCGCCUCUUUUCGGGCACUCAAAAUCAAAUCAUCACCUCCCGCCGUUGCGAAGGAUCAUCAACGGGCGAGAAGCGACGGCAGUGCAGUGCAGUGCGUUCAACAAAAAGAGCAGGAACAGAACACAAGACCUCAGCAGGGAGUCCACUUCGGUCCGAGAACCCCAGGAAGUGUGUGAAAACAUCAACAUCAAUCGGUGGUGAAAGAGAAGAACCCAGAAAAUACGCACCAACAAGAAAAUAAAACACAACAGGGAUAGAGAACAACCCAGCGGUAGUCUGGGCCCGAAUUAGUGAGUGAAAGAAGAGAAUCCGAGAAACACGCAUGAUCAGCGCCCGAAAGAUCCCGGCUUAGGUUGCGCGCGUUCAGUGAGUGUGCCGUUGAAAGAAAUAGUGAUCGACCUAAGUGAGCAACUAGCAACGAAUUCGUGGUGUUCGAGAAACACAAACAAGUGUGAUUCGGGCAAAGGAAAGUGUCGCGCGUGCAAUUCACAGCGUUCCGUAGGCUGCGGAACCUGUGACAACUACCCGGCCAGUGAGUGACUAGUGCGCGGCCUCCCAUCUCCUCAACGGCAUUACGAUUCAUUUCGAAAAAGUGGCCUCCAUCGGCGGCAACACGCUCAACUUUACGGAUCUGGGGAGCCCUUACGAGGGCCCCCCUAGUACGCCGCAGUCCGGGAUGGACGCCCCGGAAGCCCCGCACACGCCAAAGUACAUCGACGGCGGAGCGACGGGAGCGACCGCGCCCGGCAAGUCCGCCUUCGUCGAGCUGCAGCAGCAUGGCUACGGUGGCAUCCGGAGUGGGUACCAGCAUUUCAGUGCGCAGGGCGGGCAGGACUCGGGUUUUCCGAGUCCGCGAAGUGCCCUAGGUUAUCCCUUCCCGCCCAUGCACCAGAAUUCCUAUUCAGGUUAUCACUUAGGCAGUUAUGCACCUCCCUGCGCUAGUCCACCAAAAGACGAUUUCCUCUCGGACAAAAUCGAAGACACCGGCCUGCGGGUGAACGGUAAGGGCAAGAAAAUGCGCAAACCCCGCACCAUCUACAGUUCCCUACAGCUGCAGCAGCUCAACCGAAGAUUUCAACGGACGCAGUACCUAGCGCUACCGGAGCGAGCGGAACUGGCGGCCAGCCUCGGGCUAACGCAAACGCAAGUGAAGAUUUGGUUUCAGAACCGACGGUCAAAGUACAAGAAAAUGAUGAAGGCAGCGCAGGCACCGGGCGUCGGGGGAGGACUUCCCCUGGGUGCGCCGAACCAAGGUGGUCACAGUCCGUCGCAGCAUCAAAACAUGCACCAAGCUCCCGGUGGUGGCUCCAGUAGUGGCUCGCCAUCGCACUUCCUACCUCCCGGACACAGUCCAACGCCGUCGAGUACACCGGUCUCGGAGUUGUCACCUGACCCUACUGCCGAUCGAAUUCCAGGCCUCAGUCCGCCCUCGCAAGCACCCUGGGAGCAGAAACCCCCGCCGCACUGGGGCGACCACAAACCACCGCAGAUGGCACCGCAGACCAACCACGCACCUCCACAGCCGACCCACGCGCCCCAGAUGGGCGGCUACGUACCUCAGUACUGGUAUCAACCGGAAACGAAUCCAUCACUAUUAACCCAGAGGAACAGGGAAGCGAUGUUUGAUGAAUACUACUCCUCUAGGAUACCCAGAUUCGAGUCACAUCAAAGGGUGUGGCCAGCCGUUUAACAAAACGAGAAUGUAAAUUAUAAUUUUAACUAUUCCUAGUGUGUAAUAGAGCAAAGUUUAAUUACAAAAGAAAAAAAAAACACAGAAAACAUGCAAGUACAUUUUGAACACAAUACGAAAACUACAGCGAAUGGCGCAGAAAACAAAAACAACGGAAACAACAGUAGCACACCGAAAGGAAGUGAAACAAAAUUAAAACAAAAAAAAACAACAAAAGCUGAACCCGUGAUCUGAUUAACAGUAGUGUAUUAAAGUAGUGAAAAUUGCAAAGUAACCCAAAACCGUCGCGCAGUCCGGCUCUUGAUUGGUGGAUCCUCCGGGGGGAUGAGUGGGAUGAGUGCAAAUGCGUGUGAGCGCACACGUCAACUGUCAGUUCCUUCAAUCACAGCAACAGUAACCCAUCAAAUCCGUACGAAAAUAGAAAAAGAGAGCAGCAACGCUUGGGAGCCAAUUCCCGCCUGGGUCGAGACCAACCGCGGACGGACAUCGAUCGAGAGAUCGAUAGCGAGAGAAAGCUGAGUGAAAUGAGAGAGCUUUGUGCAAUAUUUGUAAGUGUUAAUCGUAAUGUAAACUUUUGCGUUUCAUCGUUUUUAAUUCCUGAGUACUACUAUGACAAGGUUAACAACGAUCUUUCCUCGAGGAGAGUGGAACGUCUCUAAAUCUACUUAAAACAAGGCUAAAGUUUGUUGACUGCACCCUAGCAAACAACGAAAUGGAACAUUCCCUUCGCGAAUCGGGCUGGUGAUUAGAAACGACAUUCCAAUUUUGUACGUUAGGAUUCCGUUGGCAUUUUUCUUUUAAUUAGACACUGGUAAUUGAAUUUCCUACAAUACAUUAGUUUCGCUGCCAUUGUACCAACAGAAAGCUUUUAACACAACAAGCGGAGUGAAUAUUUUAUCGAGACAUCAAAACUGAAAACAGCACACAAGCGAAAUAGUAAACAACAACGUAUCAGUGGGAACUCAAGUUUAGAAAAAUCAAACUAGUAGCAAUUUCAAGUGAACAAGUUUUAACCGAUUGCAUUAAAAGUACUGUAAAUACAAGAAACAUUACUGGUUUGAAGGAAAAACAAAAGUGUCGCCUGGGGAUUGAUUAUUUCCAAUCAAAAGACAGCGAACCAAUCGAAUUUAGAAAGCGUUGAGGAGGAAAACUCAUGGCAGACGAGCUAGACUCGUGCUGUGAGUGCCGGAUGGGUGUUUUAUGCAUGUGUCAGAAUGAAUGAGUGAAAGUGAAAUAUCAAAAUUUUGCUCUGUAAAAGAAAGUACUAAUAAGCUAGAGGAGAACACACACGAUUAGUGGUGAUGAUUGUGAUUAGCAGAUAAUUAAAUUAACAACAGAGCGAUGCAGACAUCUAAAGCAAAUUUGUACAUAAACAGAACACAUUUACGAUACAAAAAAUCAAUACAAGGAUAUAAGUAAGUUAAAUAAUUGUAUUAAAAUAUUUAAAAAAUGAUUUGUGAAUAAGCGACACUGCUACCCAUAGAGAAAAAAAAUCCAGCAGAGCAAAUGGGUCAUUUUGCGAGCGAGUACAGUGCGUAGGGGAAUUGAUUUGGAAUUUUAGCAAACCGAUGAUCUUGGGCAGAAAAAAAAGAAAGCAGAAUACAAAGAAUUAAUUAAUUGGAUGGAAGCGAGAUUUUCUUUCGAUGGAAAAUGGUUUGAUGGAAAAUUGAAGCAUAACAAAAACGGAAAACUAGCGAGUGAAGGGCGUACCUCGUGUAUGGGGAAAGAUAAUCUCUUGUGGGAGUCGUAUGUAGGUGAUAAGAAUUGUUUAUUAUUAUAUUAUAAUGAUAUAAUGUAAUGAAAAUUAUAUUAUGAGAAAAUCCUGUAACGAUUGUGAAUGUAAAUUGCAAAAUUCGAAAACGGUAUUAAAAUAUUAUUAUAAAAAUUGA